GAAUAUCUUAAUAACAACCAAUUAUAUAAAUAAUAAACUUGGUAUGUAUAUAAAUGAAUUUAGGCUUAUCUCAUUCCAAAAAAAAAAAGGAUUAUAUUUUUCCUGUUGGCAACAAACAGGCCCCUGGCCCUAUCUAUCUCUAGUGUAAAAUGCCGAAAUCACGUGGUUUAGCAAUCCUGAAAUUGGUGUCGUUGAAAGUGGAUAAGGUGACCAAUAAUAAACAAAAUUUCAUCGGAAAAGCUUAAGCUCAACAGCAAAUCGUCUCCAAAUGAUGCUGUUACAAUUUUCGCCUUGGUCGCCGCCGGCAACCAGCCACCAUAAAUUCACCAAAUUGAGGCAGCCGCCAAUGCUCAAAGUACAGGGCAUGGCCAAGGAGAGCGGCGUCACCGCCGUAGAGGCCGGCGCCAUCGUGGGCGGACUAGUGGCGACGCCGGUGAUCGGUUGGUCCCUUUACACGCUGAAGACAACUGGGUGCGGACUUCCGCCCGGGCCAGCGGGGUCUAUAGGCGCACUUGAAGGAGUGAGCUACCUGGUGGUGGUGGGCAUUGUGGCGUGGUCGCUCUACACCAAGACCAAGACGGGCUCGGGCCUCCCCAACGGGCCCUUUGGCCUAUUGGGAGCUGUUGAGGGCCUCUCCUAUCUCUCCUUCUUAGCCAUCAUCCUUGUCUUUGCUUUCCAAUUCUUUCAGCAGGGAUCCAUUCCCGGCCCGCUUCCUACUGCUCAAUGCUUUGGUUAAUAAGGAUUUAUCUUUCUAUCUAAUUUUGAAAUCCACAACCUUGUAUUGUAUGCUCGCUAAAUGCAAUGGAAAUAAUCAAAUAAUCAGCCUUCAACUUCACAAA